AUGGGACCGAUGGUGCGACUAAGUGGACACACUACGGUAGUCGAGCUGUGGAAUGCUGUUACCGGGUGCUGUACCCAGUCACUCGACCUCGAGAAGAAGUGGGUUGGGCUGAUAUGUCCGCAGUCUUCUCACCGGAUAGCACAGUUCUCGCUGCCACCUCUGGCGGCAUACAGCUCUGGGAUGUCUCCACUGAGGCGUGCAGGCAAAGGUUCGAGGUGCCCGACGACGACCACUGCCAUAUCUUUAACAUUCUCACCGGAUGGUGACAUUCUGGUACUCGGCGCGGAGGAGUCGGACAGUAAGGUCUGGGAUUCGACAGUUGGCACCUGCCAGCAGGCCUUGUCGAAGCGCAGUACUCCUCUCGUUGUGUUCUUGUCGCCUGAUGGCAAGAGCAAGAGCCUUUCUGUGGUCAAUGACAAGCGCCGUGGCCCUCUAGCCAGACAACAGACUAUUGUGUCGACUUCUGGAGAUGGACUUGGCAUGCAAUUGGGACAGCCUUUGCCGUGA